AUGGACUCUCGAAAGGGCGGGUUCAUUAUCCCGCGCCGGCCCGUCACCAGCGCCGCCGAUCCACCGCCCCCGGCGUACUCGGACCUCUUCCCCGAGCCGCCGCCGCCGCCGCUUCCCCCUCGUCUGCGCAUCAGCAAGUCCGUCGCGCAGCUACACGAGCUACCUGUCCAACCGCACCCCGACAUGCCCUCCCCGUCGCCCCUCUCCCGGGAAAAGCCCGCGACGACCCUCCCUCCCGGGUUCGUCUUCCCCAACGACACCUCCUCGGCACUCGGCGACCCCCCGAUCCGCAGGGCCAAGAGCUCCGUGGACCUGCGCCGACCACCAGAUCCCCCGUCCUGGAAAAAGGCCCUCGACGAGGCGCGCCACCUGGCCUCCGGCCUCCUCACCAGCCCCGCCGAGUCCACCCGCCACCACAGCAUCAUCCGGCACUCCUCCCCGCUCGUCUGGUACCGCGGCCCUUCCACCGCCGUGCUCCUCACCGUGCUCUCCUCCCGGCCCCUCCCCGCCGCGCGCACCCUCCACCUGCAGCGCCGCGGCCUCUCCGGCAACCUCGGCAUGAACCUCAAAGCCAGAGCGGGCGGCGGCAGCGGCGGCGCGGACUGGCUGGACGUGACGCCGGAGCGGCGCGCGACGCCCGCGGACCUCCCGGAGCUCGAGGAGCGCGGCGUGCAGCGCGAUCUGCGGCGUUUCCUGACCACCGCGGGGACGAGGGGCGCCCACGUGCCGCGCGAGACGCUCGCGGUGCGCAUCCCCGCGGCCGCGCAGGACGGGUACUUUCGGGUGGUGCUGUGCGGGGAGGGGGGCAAGGUGCUGGUGGGGAGUCCCGUGUUUCGGCUGGCGAGCACGGCGGCGGAGGGCGUGGGCGUGCUGCGCGGCGCGGGGCUGCGCACGGCGCCGCUCGAGGCGAGCUGGAAGGACAGCAUGAGCGCGGAGGCGAGGUACGGGCGCGCCGUGUCGUCGGCGACGAUGCGGCCGACGGUCGGCGUGCUUCCGGGGGAGGACGCACCGGAGGCGCCGUUCCCGCUGCGCGUGGCGGGACGGGUGGUGCGCGGGACGGGGCGCACGCGCGCGCGGUACGGCUUUCCGACGGCGAACUUGUCCGGCGUGCCGGAGGAGCUGACCGCGCGGGUGACGGGCUUCUUCGCGGCCUGGGCGUGCCUGGACGACGGGCCCGCGUGGUGCGAGGCGGUCGCGCGCGUCGGGCCGGCGGAGGACGCGGCCCCGAGCGUGGCGGCGAGGGGCACGGUGGCGGUGCACGUGCUGCGGGACAUGGAGGGCGAGGAGCUGCGCGGGCGGACGCUGCGGCUGCUGCUGAUGGGCUUCCUGCGGCCGCUGACGGACGGGGACGGGGACGGGGACGGGGACGAGGACGGGACGGGGGAGGAUGCCGCGCUGCAGGGCCACGCGGAUGACGUGCUGACGACGCUGGCGAGCCUGGCCAGGGAGGGCUGGCGGCCGGAGGGGAUGGGGAGCGAAGGGUGGUCGCUGGACGGCGUGGCGGGGAGGUUGGCGGCGAGGGUGGACGCGCUGCCGGUGCACAGGGCGGGGAUACGCAGCGAGGCGGGAGCGAUGAGGGAUGUGAGCUUUGGGAGGGGAGGGCUCUGGAUACCGAGAUAA